AUGGCUGCUUCUUUCAGUACCAGCCAAUUGGGAUCUACUUUCUUGGGCGAGAGGAAUGGAAUCUGUGUUUCCAGUGUUCCUGUUAGUCACCUGAGCUUUAGAAGGAAGACAGUGGAAUGCAAAGAGUCAAGAAUCGGAAAGCAACCGAUUGAAGUCCCAUCAAAUGUGGUAAUCACAUUAGAAGGUCAAGAUAUGAAGGUGAAAGGGCCUUUAGGGGAACUUGCACUUUCAUAUCCAAGAGAAAUAGCAAUUGAUAGGCAGGAAUCAGUUCUUAAAAUCAGUAAAGCAGUGGAAACAAGAAGAGCUAACCAAAUGCAUGGCUUAUUCAGGACUUUAACAAGUAAUAUGGUGGUUGGUGUAUCAAAGGGAUUUGAGAAAAAACUUCAACUAAUCGGUGUUGGAUAUCGUGCAACCGUAGAAGGGAAAGAGUUAAUUCUAAGUCUUGGAUUUUCUCAUCCGGUCAAAAUGACAAUCCCGGAUGACCUAAAAGUCAAAGUUGAAGAAAACACGCGAAUUACUGUGAGUGGAUACAACAAGUCAAACAUCGGUCAAUUUGCGGCUACGAUAAGGAAGUGGAGACCUCCGGAACCGUACAAGGGUAAGGGUGUGAAAUAUGCCGAUGAGAUCGUUAGAAGAAAGGAAGGGAAAGCAGGGAAAAAGAAGUAGUCUGUGUAUUGAUAUCUGUUUCAGUCUCAGUUGUAAUUUCCUUUUCGAUACUUUUUUAUUUUUGGGUAUCAGAAGUUGUUUCUUGGCUUAAAUUGUGGAUUUUCUCUUUUUGGGUGGGUAUCCGUGACACUUUGAGAAUUCUAGUGCAAUACUUCAAAAUUAGAGCUGUUUAAUAGUUGUUGAUUGAGUUAAAUCUAGUUUUUUAUUAGAUUCGAG